UUAAAACAAAGAUUAAUCUCGAGUAGUUUAGGACGCUGUAAGAAAAUGAGCCCUUAAUAUUGUGCCAUUUCAAAAUGGGAGGAUUUCAAAAAUUGCAAAAUUGUUACUGACACACUCACUGAUCAUCAAAAUUAUAAGACACUUUCCGUAUAGGUAGAAACGUAAAAUUUGUCACAAAGGUAGGUCUUACAGUGUAACUAAAGGGAAAAAUCUAAAUAUUGAAUUUUUUUCAAAAUUAAUACCGCUUCAGUGAGUAUAUUUCUAAACAUCGGCUAACAUUUUUAACAUCAUUGUGAGUGCGGGGGAUAAAACCACUUAAGCCUUCCUAAUCUCCACCUAUGAUGUGUUGAAUUUAAAAUUAAUAAUAAAUGGUUUUUUAUAAAUAUUAUGGGAUGAGGAAAAAUUGGUCAGCUUUUAUUAUUGCUAAUGACGUCAUAUUCUAUCAAUCUAAUACUAUAAAUUCAUGGAAAAAAGCUAAGAGAAAUUCCGUGGAGCAGAAAACUAUAAGCACCUCUCUGACAAAAUAUCUACAUUCUGGCCGUUUUUUUUCCCGUUUCUACCAACCACAGAACAAUAUUACUGAACAUUUUUCGUUUUCACGGCAAACGUGUGUGAUGGAAACCCGCCUUUUUAAACUCCUAUUUCUUUGUUCUUUUAUAUUUUAAUGUAAUAUUAUUAAUACAUUUAAAACUAGGUACAGCAUUUUACCAUUAAUUUAAUGAUUUUACAUUUUAACAGCAAGAGUGCAAGAUACCAAUUAUUACUGCCAAGUAGUAAGGAGUUAAACAAAUAUUAGUUACGUUUUAAAUAUUCCAUUUGAUCGUAGGUAGGUAAGUAGUAACUACUCGAACUUUCUAGUGAACAAUCUACCUAUUCAGAUAAAAUAAUGGCAGGUAAUGAUGAAAAUGAUUCAAGUAUGAACAACGACCCUAGUAAAUAUAAUUUAAGUUUUCAUGAAAGUAGUAUUGAACUUUGGAGAAUUCAAGAAAAAUGUCGUCUAAAAGUAGAAAGCAUUAAGGCAAUCGAACAUUCUACUCAACAAGCCCUUAUGGAAAAUGAAUGGAUUGAAAAACAAUUGCAUGAUACUAAAUCAAGAAUAAAUGAAGUUCGAGAAAAUAUAGUGAGUAUGGACAACAUUAAUAAUGCUCUUGAUGAAACAUUAGCUCAUCUUGAAAUUCAAUAUGAAAAGAAAAAAUUCACAGUAAAUAAAUCAAAAUGUGAACAUGAAUUACAGCUAUUUAUAAGAACGGAAUUGUUGCAAAAAGAAGAGGAACGAUUAAAUAAUAUACCUGAAGUUAAAAUAUUAAAAAUGGCUGAUUCUGAAUUAAAAAACACAAAAUUAGAAUAUGAAGAGUUGCUUCUAGAUCUACAAAAUUUAGUUAAAAAGAUUGACAUAACUACAAAAGAAAAUGAUGAAAAACAGAAUAAUAAAAUUAUACAAUUUGCCAAAGUCUAUACUGAAAUGAUGUCUUUAAAUAAAAGAGAAGAAAACUGCAAGACUCUACUAAGGAAACUGAAUUCAGAAUAUAAGGAGAAAUGUCACAUUAAAAAUGCACUACUUGAAACCCAAAAAAAUAAAAUUAAUAAAGUAUCGUUUUGGUCACACACUCCUAGCAAAUUUGAACCCAAAAUGUUUGAUAUAAAAUUUAAUUCAUUGAGCCAACGUCUAAACUCUAAUUUAAGUUAUUCCAGUAAUUAUAAUCAUGCCGAUUUUACUUAUGAUAAAGAUGAUAUGGAUAUCAAGAAUUCAAAUUCAAAUAAUAAACCCAAAAAAAAUGUAACUUUUCAUUUAUUUUCUGAAGAUAAGAUAACACUGGAGACAAGUGAUGAAAAUGAAGCUGCUUACAAAAACAUAAAUACAUUUAUAGUAGAAACCAAUGAAAAUAUAAAUAAAAAUUCUGCACAGUUGAAAAAUAUUCAAACUGUGGAAGAGAGUACCAUUCAAUGUACCAAAAAUAAUAUAAUAGAAUCAAAAGAGAUGUAUUUUAAUUACAUAGAUAAACCUAUGAAUGAUGGUGAACUAAAUGCCCAUACUAAUAAACGUAAAACUACUGAUGUACAGUCAGAUAUUGAAUUUAAAAAGCCAUUUACUCCAGUACAAGAUAAAAAUAAGAUUAAUUCAACAAUUAUUCGACCAAGUAAAAUGAAGACAAAUGAGAAUAUUCAUAUGGAUAACAAUUUUAAUCAAGAAAAAGUUAAAGCAUCAAAUUUAUCAAUGGACAGUUAUAAUAAUGACAGAAAUCUCAUUGAUAAGGACCAUUCACAGAAAUUAAUUUCUUUAAAAUCUAUUGAACAGUCAAAUGUAAAAAAUCUUGAUACUGAUAAUAUCAACAUCUUUAUUGAUUCAUCACAAUUAGAUGGAAACGUAUCUCUUGAACCACAAAAAGCUUUACCCGCUGAUGGAUUUUGGAACUUUUGGUCAGAUCCUAUGUCUCAAAAUAGUAGUUUCAGUGAUUGCGAUUUAUCUGAAUCAUAUGCAAAUACUCAUGAUAUUUGUGAAUAUCCAGAUAAUGUGCAAUUCAAUUUUUCAAACUAUUUUGAGAGUGAUUUAGGUGUAACUCCUGAAUCAAAUUUCCAAGAAUUAGAAACAGUACAACAAUUUGGAAAUGCUAUGCUUCAACCCUCACAAAGUGAAUCGCUUAACAAAAUGAACACUAAUAAAAAUGUACCUAUGAACAGAACAUCAUCCAAAGCAUCUAAAGAUUAUAUCAAACCUAAUUAAUUUGAUUGUUGAUGCCAUUUGAUCAAUUUUAAUAAAAAAUUUAUCAGCACUUUAAAAAAUAAAUAGGUACUUCUCUUCUAUAUUUAUGUAAAGGUUAAAUGUAUA